GAUUCAAAGAGUAGUUUGAUGGGCAUCAAGUGCCUCAGCCUGUAAUUAUAUCUGAAUUAUGAAGAGCACUGUUUUCCCUUUAAUUUAGAAUAAUUAACCUGUCCUAGAUAAAUUCUCUGACAUUUUAGAUUCUUUAUAUAUGAAUUACUAUCGAAGGAGUGGAAAGACCUUUAUUGGGAGUUCAUUGAGGUCUGGCUUCGAGCAGAGGAGGAUGAAUCUGACUCUCAUACAACAAGAGAUUGCCUCAAAAGAAUUAUAAAACAUGGACGGUCACUUUUAAGUGAUCCACUGGCCUCACUAUUUGAGUUCUCUCUUAUUUUGAGAUCAGCAGCCCCAAGAUUGGUGCUUUACCGACAAUUAGCAGAGGAUUCUCUUUCUUCUUUCCCUCUUUCUGAUGAUAGUAUUUCAAACAAUGAUAGUGGAGUAAUUGCAGAAACAAGUGAGGAAAAUGAAAGUAAAAGGUCAGAUCCUUUGCUUGUUGGUGUAAAUCCUAAGAGCCCUGGUGGAAAAUGUUGCUGGAUGGAUACUGGUGGAGCAUUGUUCUUUGAUGUUGCAGAGUUGCUGUUAUGGCUUCAUAACCCUGCUAAACUUGCAGGAGACUCAUUUCAGCAGCCUGAACUAUUUGAUUUUGAUCACAUCCAUUUUGACUCUCAUACUAUAAGCCCAGUUGCUAUUCUCAAUGGAGCUCUUGGAACUGAUUGUUUUAGGCAAUUUCAUGUCACACUGGUUGAAGCUGACAGACAGGGGAGGAUAAAAUAUGUAGUUAGACCGGUUUUACCCUCUGGCUGUGAAGAAAAAGUUGGCAAUUGUGGUAAUGUUAGUGCCAAAGACUCCUUAAAUUUGGGUGGUUAUGGCGUUGAACUUGCAUUGAAGAAUAUGGAAUAUAAGGCUAUGGAUGACAGUGCAAUUAAGAAAGGUACCUUCAAUUUGCGAAAAUUCGACGGUUGCCCGGGUCUGUGAAUUUCCAGCCAGACAAACAGGCUACCGAAAAAGUCUCAGAAUUGGGUCGAGAUUUUGGCUACCCCACCGUUGUCAGACGUCCCGAGCGCGUUCCGGAGAUCGGAAUCGGCAUAGGUAAACUCGAACCUUACUUUUUCUUAAUUUUCUAGUGCUUGAAUGGGAUUAAAAAUCCAUAAAAUAUUCGUGGUAGCUCAGAAAAUUAUGAUUCUUUUUGUAUUAGCUUAGUAAUGUUGCUAAGGACCACGGGGCAAAGUUUUAGAAUUUUUAGAGCUUAUUUGGGUAGUUUUUGCAAAAAGGGUCAAUUAUAAGGAUUAAACUGUAAUUUUACAUAUUGUGAUUGAUGACUGUUUGGAUAGGCUCAGGAGGGGCUGUGUGAUGUGAUUGAGUUGUGGGUGUAUGGUUUAUGGAUAUAGAAGUGCGUUUUAAGCCCUUUUGCAGGUCGGGUAGGUCCUAGGUAUAGGGAAGAUUUUGCCGGAUUUUCGGCAUGACUUAGGACAUUUUUGGUCUUUUCUUAGUUUGUAUUGAGUCAAAUGUACUAAAUAAUUGUAAUAAAAAUUGUCAGGUGAGCGGGGACUGCCUUCCUCCUCCAUCCAGCCUCCACAGUGACUUCGGUUGAGUCUGUGAGUAAAAUAUUAAUUUUAAUUGUAAUUUCGAUAUUAUUAUAUGUUCAAGCAUGCCCAUGCAUCACUUGUAAAUAUGUAUUUAUGUAGUUAAACACUAGGCACAUUUUAUGUUGCAUUCAUAAUUGUUAAAGUGCUAUGGAUAUUGUUGUGGUAAUUUGGAGCAGUGUGCGUGAGUUGGUGUCCGUGUGGUAUGGUGUUGGCUAUGGACAGUGCGGGUAGACAAGGCUUGAGAUCUUCGCUGGGACCCGGUCCUUCGGGGUAGACACGGCUUGAGUUCUUCACUGGAACCCCAAUUUGGUUUAUUAAGCGAAAGUUCGACUUGAGUUCUUCGCUGGCACAAGUUGGAUUAAGAAAAUCUGUAUAGGGGAUCAGCUCCCAUAUAUGUAUGGUUUAACAUUAUCGGGUGUGUGAGUGCUCCAAAUUAUCUUUUUAUUGUUAUGAUAUGAAAAUUAUGAUGAUGUUGCAUUUCACUUCACAGGGUGCAUUAGUUUUAGAUAGCUAUAGAGAUUAUGGUUAAAAUUGAUAUUUUACUCUCAAAGUCGAACGCUCACUCAUGUUCAAUAUUUUUCCAGGCUAUAGGAGGAUUAUUGUUGUGGUUAAUCUGCUUUUCUCUUUCGCAGGUCGUCUAUUCAUAUUUGUAUAAUUCUGUUAACUUUUAGAAUUCCGCAUGUGUUAGAAAUAUUCAUUUGAAUUGGGUCUGUAAUAUAAUUACCAUGUUGGACCUGUAAACUUAUUAUAUGCAUGUAUGUUAGACUGGAUGAGGGAGCUGAGCUCCCAUUUAUUUUUA